AUUGGCGCCGGCAUUGGUGGCCUAACCCUCGCUCAAUCCCUCAACCUCCACUCAAUCCCUUACACAAUCUAUGAGCGCGAAUCAUCCGCUUCUGUCAGGAAACAAGGCUGGGGGCUCACAAUCCAAUGGUCUCUCGAAGCCAUGGCAAAGCAUUUCCUCCCCGAGACAUUUGAUCGGCUGUGUCAGGCCCAAAUUAGUCGAGAGACGGGGCUAGAUGGGACGAGAAGGGUGCCGUGGGUUAAUGGGAGCUCGGGGGUGGUUGAAGGGAGGAGGCCUGCUAGUCAGAAGUUUCGGUUUCGGAGGAGUGGGAUUAGGGAGGCGUUAAUUGAGGGGGUUGAUGUGCAGUGGGAUAAACAACUAGUCGACGCCAGGCGAACCAAGGAUGGCGUUCAGGUUGAAUUCUCGGAUGGUACAACGGCUACCGGCGAUAUUCUUAUCGGAGCAGACGGCGCCAUGUCAGCUGUCCGCAAAGUCCUAGCUCCGACUACGUACCCAGCCCAGAACCUUCCCAUCAACGCCAUAGCGACAGGCGUCCCUGUAACUGAAGAGCAAUACAAGGAGAUCCGCGACACUAUCGACCCACUAUACUUCCUCGCUACGCACCCAGAAACCAAUACCUGUCUCUUCUGGUCCCUACAAGACACCCCCGAAGAAGGGGCGACUUACACAGCACAGAUGUUUCUAUCAUGGCUCAAGUCCGACGAGGACAAUGCUCACGACGAAGAAUUACUAAAGAAAUCCCGGCGCGAGGUGUUUAUGAAACGGGGUAAAUCGUUCUUCGGACCCCUAGGUGAAAUAGCGGCCACCCUUCCCGAGGAUGCGCAGGUCGCUGUGGUUAGCAUGAUGGAUUGGCCAUACGUUGAGUGGGAUACUUGGGAUGGGCAGUGUACGUUGAUUGGGGAUGCUGCGCAUUGUAUGACUCCUUUCCGCGGGGAGGGCGUGAACCACGCGAUUGUCGAUGCUUGCUAUCUCGCUGAUAACCUGAAAUUGGCACUUGAUGGACAGAUAUCGGUGAAGGAUGCGAUAGAACAGUACGAAGCGGAGAUGCGACCGAGAGGACUCAAAGCUGUGCAGAAUAGCAGACAGGCUGGGUUCGAGGCACAUUCCUACACCACCCUUGCGAAGGGAGGCAGCUCAGCAUUCUUAGAAGUGAAAUAA